GCCCCCUUCCGCCCACGCCACGCAAAGUCCGCACGUCUGAUCCAGACAGAAGCACAACCUGUGGGCUCAGCGGCUGCAACAGCAAGCAAGCAAACAUGGCAGGAAAAGCCCACAGACUAAGUGGUGAAGAGAGGGAACAGUUGCUGCCAACUCUCCGAGCGGUCGGAUGGAAUGAGGUGGAGGGUAGAGAUGCCAUUUGCAAGGAGUUCCAUUUCAAGGACUUCAAUCGGGCCUUUGGCUUCAUGACCAGAGUAGCUCUACAGGCAGAAAAACUGGACCACCAUCCUGAAUGGUUUAAUGUCUACAACAAGGUUCACAUAACCUUAAGCACACAUGAAUGUGGAGGCUUAUCUGAGCGGGACAUCAACUUGGCCAGUUUCAUAGAACAAGUUGCAAACACAUUGGCCUAGAUGCCACCCAUAAGCAUUUUCAGGCAGCAAAAGCAGUGAGUGUCCAAGUGGAGAAGUGCAUUGUUCCAACCAAAGACAGCAUAUAAUACUGAUCACAUCAUAUUCAGAAAACCCAUUUUUAAGUACAUCUGACGUCUUAAUGUAUCGUAUGAGGAUUCCACGUGCCAGUGUGGGAAACCAGUGUUCUGCAACUUCAUUACCUUGUCUUCAACGCUCUUCUAGGAAGUUAUAGCUUUGCAAUGUUCAGUAUUAGUAUUCUUGCAAGUCUCUGUCCAUGCAGUAUUACAGUGAGAGGCCAAUCCAUGCUGGAGUUAGUUAUAAUAAAGAUGAUUUGUGUAAUAUAAAGGAAAGUGGUUUAUAAA